GUCGUGUGAACCUCAGCAUCGCGCGCGGACCAACGGGGGUUAAUUAGUUCAAAGUGGCUCACCAUCUGCGACGCGACGACGAUGGUCUGGAGGCCGAUCCGCUGGACGACCCGAACACCCGAAUACGUGACCGCGCAUCGUUCCUCGAUAAGAUCGUCUCGAUGCUUCCGCGACUUCUGAAACCACUCCUACUCGCGUGAUCGUAAAAUACCAUGAAUUAUCGCGCACGGUUGUUUUUCUUUUCUUUUUUUUUAUUAUUAAUGAGAAAAUCCUCGUCUCUCGUUGCAGUGCGUGGAUGAAACUCGAUCUGCGAAUAAUUUUUUAAAUUCUGUAAACAAGAUUUUGACAGACGUAGGUUGAGAGAGAAAUUACGCGAAACUUUUCUGUGAAACGAAUGCUCAUUGUUUAAAAUUACGUUUAAUAUUUUUAUCGCGAAAAAUUGAUCGAUUCGAGAAGCUAGAUAAUUAGAAAUUAGAUGUUAAAUGUAAUCUGAGUCUUACCUUCGUGAAACGAUUCAUGGAUAUUGCAUAUAAAUUAUAUAAUAUUAAGAUGGUACAUCGUUCUUCGAGAAUAUCGGGAUUUGAGAUAUUUAAAUUUUGGCGCCUACAUCUGGGCGCGCUCGCGCAUUCCGCUUGUCAGAUGCGGCAAAUCGGAUUGCGUAACAUAUGCUACAGCUGAUGAGAGUAGAGUUAGGUUAGGUCAGGAUACGGUUAGAUACCUUUUCGGAUACAUAUUCGUCGUCUUCCCGCAAUUGUCACUCUCAAGAAUGGUGCUGUCAUUCACAGGAUUACCGUCCUUGAAACGUUUACUGUUGCUCCUUUUGCAAUGCUCGUUAUGUCGACGUGCAAUGGUGAGCAAGUUUUGGUGCCACGAGAUCGGGCGCAGGUGGCGUCAGGGUAAACAGGAGCCACCGCAAGCACGCGUGUUGACGGAACCCAAGUGUCAGUCACACGUGGCCACCUGGUACCUAUUCUACCGCUGGAUCAUCUUCCUCGUAUGGGCCGGCUUCAUAAUUUGUUCGGUGUUCGAAUUUGGCAGCUAUAAGCCGCUAUUCCAGUACGAAAAGUGGCCGAUCUACCUGACCAACUGGGAUAUUUUAUUGGGCUUCACCCAGGCGCUGAUCGGCGGUAUACUCGUGUCGAAGCGAUGGCGAUUGCAGAAGAUACCCGGUUUCGAUCCUUGCGGCCUCAAGUUGAAGUCCACCGAGCGAUUGUAUUGGUUCCUGUAUGUUGUUACGACUAAUCUGGCAAUCGGUGUGACGUUCUGCUACUGGUUCACUGUAUACAAUCCGGAAAUUCAUCAGCUGGAUCCGCUCAACAUCAUGAUGCAUGUGUGCAAUAGCGUGUUGAUGUUGGUCGACUUUGUAGUCACCAGUAUACCGUUCCGUCUGCGAAAUUUCUGGUGGUGUCUGUCGAUCGCCAUAUUCUACUGUGUAUUCACAGCGAUCUACUACAUCGCCGGUGGACUCGAUAAAAACGGCUACCAUUACAUUUACAGAGUCAUCGAUUGGAAACGACCGCCGCGGACGUUACUCGUUUGUGUCGGCGGUUGCACGUUCAUCACAGUGUUGCACUGCGUCGGUUGUAUGCUUGCGGAUAUCAGAGAUCGCAUCUACCGCAAGAUUGCCGAGAAACUCGGCAAAUCCGCACAGACUAAUAACGCUAAACCGCUUCCGGAAAAACAGCCAGAAGUAGUUUAAUUAAUACAAGUUUAUAUACGAUAUCUUUGUCCAUCCGGUAUCUUCUAAUCCUGGAUGCAGGAUAUUAGUAGGGCAGAUUAAUAUUCGACAAGGAAAAAGUUCACUUCUGAUGCCUUCUUGAUGUAGCUACGCUUUCAAGUAACUAGAAUUCCCUCGCGAAUGAUUCUUAAGCUCAUCUAUCUUGCUAGAAAAACAAGAAAAUAUUAAUAGGAUAUUAACAGGGUAUUUGAAUGAUACGAUCGGAUUAGGUAAUUCCUUGCGCGACUCUGUGAACUUUAUUUUUAAUGAUAUUUCUAAGGAGAACGAUAAUUAUUGUGUGAUAUCAAAUAAGAUUCCAUAAUAAUAUCAUAGAAGCCAGAUUAGUGAACGCUCGGUUAUAUUAUAAUAACCGUUCAGAUUUUCCGCGUGAUUAAAUUUGCUAUUUAUAUAAAAAGAUAAAGAUCCAUGUAAAAUAUAGAAAAUAUAUGUAUUUCCUUUCGCUAAAUGUGAACAUUUCACUAAGGAAGGCAAGAAUAUUAAUUAUGCAAGCAUUUUUUGUACAUUUAAAUUAUAUGUAAACAUUGUAUGAUAUUUUCGCUAUGCAUGACAUUUGUCUCGCAUUUUUUAAUUAUUAUUUUUAAUUAUUUUUUUAAUUGAAAAUAUUGUAUGAACGCAUAUUUAUAAAUUGAUGAAAAUCACCUCGCAACUAGUGUCAAUGGCGUCGUUAAUUGAAUUAAUCAAAUAAACAUUGUAUACAAUUCAAAUUUAAACGCGAACGCGUAUUAGCAUUAAUUACACGAGUUGCAGAUCUUUUUUAUAUUUACAAUAAUUUCGAAAUAAUAUAGAUAAUGUAA